AUGGGGUUCCAAUUUGGCUCUCACUCCGCAGUUCCUCCACCCCAUCUGACAUCAAUCCUCGGCCGGCACUUUCCAUAUCAUGACCCGGCCCCGAGCUUCGACUCUUCGCAGUACCCACUGGCCCGAUUCGCAGCAGAUCAAGAUGUUUGGACGCCGCUUCAGGUGACCGGCCUACCAACCCAUGCCGGCUCUCUCAUGUGUCCCCCGAUGGGGCCAAGUCAACAAUGGUCUGGCCUCGAUCGCAGACUCUCUACAGGCCACUACAGCACGCCAUCUGAGACCGACAGCCAAUAUGCUAGUCUGCAUCCAUCGGAGUCAGGGUAUAGCACGCAAAGUUGCACCACUCGCUCGGUGGCCGCAUCUUACGCACUCGACCCAGCUUGCAGCCCCUACUCCGCACCAUUCGAAUUAGAACAGGAUGAACAGUUAUCAGUUUUAGACCUGAACACUGCUUCCUAUGGAGAUCCAAUGGAUGUAUUGGAGCGAAUGCAGUCUCCAUCUCUCCUGGGUCCCGACACAAUCAAGUGUGAUUACUCUGACUGCCAGUGGACUGGGAAAUGUCCGUCUGAUAAGCGCAAGCACGAAGCCCGACACAGAAAGCUGUUCAAAUGCGAUGAGCCAGGUUGCACUCGAAAGGAUGGCUUCGGGACGAUCAAUGAUCUGGCACGUCAUAAGAAGUGCGUCCAUAAGCAAGAACCAGAACGCGGGCCCAAAGUGGUGUAUAUGUGCUUCGGAGUCAAGUGUCCUCGCAAGAAUAAAAGAUGGCCUCGGUUGGAUAACUUCCGCCAGCACCUUACUCGGAUGCACAAUGAUGAAGAUGCUGAGGAACUGCUGAGAAAAUCCCAGGAGUGGUACGAAGACUGCCUUAAGCCGCAAGUGAUGGCAUCGUCGUUGAUGGAUCAUCUUUCGGAAGCCAGUAGUCCACAGAUACAGGACAUAAUUGACGAGUCACGGGACAGAUCCGAGAAUCCUCAAGUGCCACCUUCUCUCCCAUACGCAAGGGCUCGGGCGGAACUGGAAACGAUAACCCCCGGCUCAGUCAGGGACGAGCAAGCCCGUCCAAGUCUCAGCCGUGCCACCUCUAAACCUGCGCAUUCAAGUCCACAGGCUGUCGAACUACCACCACUGGACUCUCUCAGCUUUGACGGGUCACUAAGUCCGCGAACGACUUUUGCGGCUCGGUCGGACAUCUCUCGAGGUGGCAAGAGGGAAGACAUGGUAGCUGAAGCAGCCAUGAACUUGAUUACUACCAUGACAAAAUCCAUGAAUCUCACGCAGCAGCGGCAAGGGCAGCAAUCUAAAGACGCAGAAAGUGCUGCGGAGCAGGAGGCCGAGUUGGCCAAGCUGAAGCGGGAGAUCUUGCAAACGAUUCUGACGACAGCCUUGGGCAUGCUAAACCAAAGCUCGGAGCCAUAUCCUUUUAGUCGCCAACUUCAGGAGGGGAGUUCCGCCAUGCAUCCCGAUCAAAGAAAAUGGAUUCAGUGUGACUUUUGCAGCAAGAAGACGCGAUUGCGUUGUGAGAUGAAAAAACACCAGAAGCGUCAUGAACGUCCAUACAGUUGUACUUCCUCGCACUGUAAUAAGACUUUUGGAAGCAAAGAGGACUGGAAAAGACAUGAGAACUCACAGCACUUUCAUUCGAAAAGCUGGCGCUGUACACUACCGGACGCUACCAAAGAGGACCUACCUUGCGCCCGUUUGUUCUACCGCCAGCAGACUUACGUCCAGCACCUCAAGAAACAACAUGAGAUAGAUGCGGAAGAUGAGGUCCGAGCGGUUCUUUCCGAUAGUCGCAUCUCCCGGGACGGGCGGGCGUCAUUCUGGUGUGGCUUCUGUCGGAAAGACCUCCCCUUGGGCCAUGAACUCGAGGCAUGGAAUGAGCGCUUCGACCACAUUGAUACAGAACAUUACAAGAAAGGCGAGCGCAUCGAAGACUGGGUGUCUUCAUCUGACCAGCUUACCGGAAAUCGGAAACUACACGGAGGAGAUGAAUCCAUGUCGGCUGAUGCUGGGUGCGAAAGCGAGCUGACCAUAGAUGAGCACAGCGGAGGCGACUGUGCACAUAGCGAUGGACAAUUGGAGGAGGGCGAAAACAUAUCUUCCUACCACGAUCAAAUGCUGCUGGAUGAUGAUGAUGAACCUGCCCGAAAACGACCUACAGAGUCGAGGGGCUCCCUGCCGUCCACGUCAUCACAAACACGCCUUUCGUGCCGUCCCAGAAACACGAAGAAGAGGAAAUACUCGGUCCUCUAUUCCGCCUCAAAUGUCGGCCCAUGUGAGGCUCUCAGGACCGAAUGUGCGAAUCCGGAGCCACCAUAUAUCAAUGGAUAUUUGGGUAGCUAUAGCAUCGACUCACAGACUCAACCACAGCAUAUCCUUUGA